AAAAGAUUAUAAAAUCUUAUUUGGCCCAACUUCAUAGGUUAAUUUAUGAAAUAAUCCAACAACAUGUGAUCAUGUGAUAGAAAUAGUGAGAGAGUUUGUUCAAUGCAGAAAUUAAACGGAAUUAAUCCUGAUUUUCAAUCCUUGCUGGUGGCAAAACCCUAGUUAACCCACCAUCAAUUUUCUCCAUCAACACUCCAAGGCCCUAAAGUGAAGCUGAUUUACACCGACAGCUUCAAUGGCGUAAUUCACUUUAUGGGCUUUUACUAUUCCUCGUGCUUUUCCCCCUUCACGAAAUGGCUGAAGGAGCAUCAAACCCUGCAGUGGAGAAGAGAGUGAUGGUGGCCAUAGAUGAGACUGAUAGUAGCUACUAUGCCUUAAUCUGGGUGCUCGAAAAUCUCAAAGAAUCCAUAGCCGACUCCCCCCUUUUCCUCUUCACAGCUCUACCUCCGCCCUCCAGUUACACCCCCGGCCUCGCACGCUCAUAUUUCCAUGUUGCAUCCAGUACGGAGUUGGUUUAUACCCUUCAAGAGAAUGAUAAGAAAGUUAGAUGCGGUCUACUUGAAAAAGCAAAGGAUAUAUGUGCUGAAAGAGGGGUGGCUGCUAUAUCCAUCACAGAAGUUGGGGAUCCUGGAACAACAAUAUGUGAUACGGUUGAAAAGCUCAAUAUAAAUUUGCUUGUUUUGGGUGAUCGUGGCCUUGGGAGAAUUAAGAGGUUAACUCAGGAGAGCUCUUGCAACUAUUGCGUUCAAAAUGCCAAGUGCCCUGUCCUGGUUGUGAAGAAACCGUAGAAAUUGGUCCGUGAAUGAAGAGCACAAAAGCAAUGAGACACAAUCUUGCCAUUUUGAGCUUUUCAAUUCUGUUUGAAUGACUUAGAAGCUACUUUAGAGUCUUUUCUAAAUAAUGGCUUUCUACUCUUUUUUUCAAGACUAGUUCAUUUUACCUAAUUUUAUAAAUACACCACAUGUCAUCAUUUACAAAACUCAGUUUGAAAAGAACUACUUUGGUGGUUCUCAAAAACAGGUCAUUUGCAAAAUAAACUAACCGAAAAAAAAAAACCCUGGAAAAGAAAAUCAAUUUUCCAAAGGUAGUAAUAAGCAUAACUAAACAUAUUUUUGUUGAAUUUUUAAUCUAGAAAAGGGAAAAGUGUUUGUAGUACAGCUCCACUUUUGUUAUCGAUAUUGUUGUUGUUGGUUUUUUUUUUUUUUUUUUUUUUUUUUUUUGGGUACGAAUUGACAGAACUGUAGUUGACAAGAAAGGUGCUAAGCUAAAAAGUGGCAUGGACUAGAUAAAGAAAUUAAAAAGAAAUAAGUUAGUCAAGGAGAAUGAUAUUCCAGGAAGAACUUUAUUCACCUCAUGGCGCUGAUUGUUUAACAAGAUUACAUACUACAUAGGCAUAUUAAGGUCAACUUUUCAGCACUAACUUGAAACUUAACUAUUUCUUGCAGAUUUCCUCGGAGUAUAACCUAGAGGAAUGUCUGUCAACCAAAGAUGCGAUUUAAAGCAGCUGCUAAUCUGACUCCACCUUGCGCCAACCGCAAGUUCACUUCUGGCACACGGGAGGAGAAAUAUUUCUCUGCACACAAUUUUUUAAGUUAAAAUCUCUUCUUCACAAAGAACAACUGAACCAAGUUUUAUAAGCAAUCUACCUGCUAGUGUAGAACCUUCAUAAACGCCUUUGUAUGCCCAGUCACAGGCUGCUUGGAUACUUUCUGAUGCAUAUCUGCAUAUUUCAUUGAAAACUGGUAGUAAAGUAUAGAAACUUUGUGUUCUAAAAUUGAAGGAUUAACAGACUGUUUCUUGUGCCA